CGGCCGCGGCGAUCCACUCGCGUUGCUCCGCCCUUAGGGAGACUCACAGGCACCAUGGAGGAGUACCACCGCCACUGCGACGAGGUUGGCUUCAAUGCUGAUGAAGCACACAAUAUUGUCAAAGAGUGUAUAGAUGGGGUUUUAGGUGGUGAAGACUACAAUUACAACAAUAUCAACCAGUGGACUGCAAGCAUAGUGGAGCAGUCACUAACUCAUUUGGUUAAGUUGGGGAAAGCUUACAAGUACAUCGUGACUUGUGCUGUGGUCCAGCGAAGUGCAUACGGCUUUCACACAGCCAGCUCAUGUUUUUGGGAUACCACUUCUGACGGAACCUGUACUGUAAGAUGGGAGAACCGAACCAUGAACUGCAUUGUUAAUGUUUUUGCCAUUGCAAUUGUCCUGUAAUCAACUAAACAGGAUGGGCUAAAGCCAGAAACUUAAGAAUUUGUCAGUGUAUCCUUUCUAAACAGCUUAAUAGUUACUUAUUCAUGUGCUAGGUGAUAAGUGUGCAACAUGCUUCAAAGCUGUAACAAAACUGAAUAUUCUAAGCAAGUUAGAGGAUUAGCUCAUUCCACAUGGCAUCAUUUAAAUAUGAAAUUAAUGAAUGUUAGCAAAAAAUAAGUGCAGAAAUGUGGCAUGACAUAAAAACAAAAUCUUAUAUUUACAACAGCUUUUUACUAACAUCAUUAAUGUCCCUAAAGAACUGGGAAAAUACAUUCAGCUAAUACAGUUAUCUUUUAGCUAGAGAAUUCAACAGGGAUAUAAAUAUGUGAACAAAAAGCUGCAAGGAUAAAUGUGCAAAAAAUAAAUUAGUUAUUAACUUUUUAAUUUCUUUCUUCAUUUAGUUGCACACAAUACAAAAUUGGAAGUAGUUUUGUUCUUUUUUUCUAUCAACGAAAUUUACUGUAGCCCUUAUGGUACAUCUAAUUUUUUUUAAAAAGCAUUCAGUUUCUUGCAUUUAAACUUGAAGUUGAACUAAAACUGAUAAACCCAAAUUUCUCAGUUAAGCAAAAUUAUAGUAUAUGAUGAACCAUGAUUCAGACAACUGCCUUACAAUCCACUCAUUCCAUGUGGAACAAACAUUUGUUGAAUGCCUGUUGUGAGCAUAUUUCUCUGCUAGGCAAUACAGUUAUCAACAUGCUGUUGGAAUGUUAAGUUUCUUUUGGCAGCUGUUCAGUUGGAGAACUAGUGUUUAUGUUUGAAGAAGAAAAAUUGAGUUGUUUGACAAGAGGGAGAGAACGUGAAGUGUGGUUAUUCAUGUAGAUGGAAGCAAAAUGAGAAGCACUUAUUGAUGACUGAAUUGUAGAUGUAAUUUUAAGAGUUGCUCUUAGUAAGUUUCAGUGCACAACACAUGCAGCUCUUAGUUAAAGGCCUUAUUAUUCUUAACCAUCUAUGUGGUAAAUUUUAUCAUGGCUUUAAUUUAAACUCAUCUGUAAAUAACUUAAUAAGAGACUUAUUGUGUGGGGCUCAAACUGAGUGGAGUUAAGUAUGAAUGAAAAAUACACAAUCAUUAGCAGGUUAUCUAAUAUCUCAGGGCUUAUGAAAUAUAUUUAAAUUUAUUAAGAAAAUAAAAGAUAAAAAAUCAGGGUACACCACUGAUCACCAAAUGCGAAAUCAAUCUGCUAUUUAACCUUGAAGACAAAAUCGAUCUCUCCUAUUACCACCAACACCAAUACAUGUAGAAACUGGAAUCAUGAUUCACUGACAUUUUAGGGAAAAAGUAAAGCUUAUUAUUAGUAUUGACAGUAUUAAGACAGUAUUAAGACUAUAUGCAUGGUUGAUACUUUGCUGAAUAACAAAAAUUGUUCAGUGUUUAAGAAGAAGAUGAAGACAAUGCAAGGAUAUGGUUUAAUGAAUAUGUGGUUUUGACAUAUCAGAAAUUUUAAGUCAUUAUCUUUAUGUUACUUUAUGCUGCUGGUUUUUGUGCCCCUGGAGAUUAUAAUAAUGACCAAAAUAUCUGUGCAGUAAAGGCUUAUUUUUUAUUAUUGUUGUUGAUGCCUGAUUUAAAAAAUUUAAUCAUAUCUCAUGAGCUUGCUAUCCACUCUGUUUCUAGUUAAGAUAUAAUAAAGAUUAUCUUCCUGUGCU